AUGGCUAACGUUAUGCAACAUGAAGAGGAGUUCUUCAAUAGACAAAGAGACACAGAUAUGUCCUCCUCAAUCAACGUGGCUGGAUUUGAUUACUACCUGUAUGUUUGUAUGUUGGUCAGUACAGUAUCCAGUAACAAGUUCUAUUAUCAUCUAAUGUUAGAUAUAGAUAAUAGUGUAUUAAAACCUGCGACAUCAGUUGGAUUUCGAGGCACAGCCAAAUUCACUACAGAAUCAGUGACAGACAUAUGCGCGAUAUGUGCCCAGAACCCGGCAUCUAUUUCACUUACGGUUACAGAAUAUACUGUCAUGGCAGAUGAUGGGACGUCAGUGGACAAUAGCGUUAUUUCUAAUCCAAUGUUUGCACUAAAUCCAUGUGACCCUACAACAACGCCGAUCACAACUACAACGCCGACUACAACUACAUCGCCGACUACAACUACAUCGCCCACUACAACAACAACGCCGACUACAACAACAACGCCGACUACAACUACAUCGCCCACUACAACAACAACGCCGACUACAACUACAACGCCGACUACAACAACACCGACUACAACUACAACGCCGACUACAACUACAUCGCCCACUACAACAACAAUGCCGACUACAACUACAUCGCCCACUACAACAACAUCGCCGACUACAACUACAACUACAACAUCAGUCACAACCACAACGGAACCGACAACUACGAUGCAUCUAACUGCACAAGCAACAACUAGUCACAUCCCAUCUCCUUUAAUAUUAUCACUGAUGGACGGUAGUCCUUGGGUCCAGGCGGGUCAAACAGUACGAUUUACAUCGACUCGGACAACUGGUAUGCUUAUUACCAUUGACAAUCAGGUUCAAUCCAAUUGGACAUUUGUUGUGGAGGAACCCGACGUAAUACUAUUCAGAUCUGACCAGCGGUUUAAUGUAGAUGGACAGCUUCAGUACGGCUAUCUAUGUAUAGCAGUUACAUACAUAGAUGCCGACCAUGUAUAUUAUCAACUUUGGUCAGAAAAACAAGAAGACCAUACGGAAGAAAGGGUUCAUUUCUCAGUUAAUGCUGAAGCCACGGUUGAUGAGUGUUGCUGUCCUAUAUAUGAUAUACCCAGUGUGGAUGAAUAUAAAGUAUUAUCUAAACCAGGUUCAUCGAGUAUAAUAACAACUGAUAUCCAGAAUCCUCGAGCAAAAUUUUCGAAAUGUUUCACUGAAGCCGAUGAUAAUUCAACGAUAUUUUCUAUCAUAUUCGGUGUUCCUGCAUCUAUUGUGGUAAUGGGUUCUAUUGUUUUAAUCCGGAACUUUGUUCCCCAAGCAGACAAUAACAGUCAUAAAUCUACGCACGGAAAGCAACGUGCGUCUAGAACAGGUUCUAUACAGUCUAGUUUUGGAGAAAUACAGGUAUGA